UAUAAGCAUCCAAUUUCUCAUGCUCGAACUAAAGAUAAUCUCACAACGAGCGACGGCGUCAAUACCAAAAAGCUUGGUCUUUCCAACGCUCGAUGGUCUGUCUGGAAUGGGGAAUUGAGCAUGCUGCCUCAUCUGCACUCGAGAGAAUUCUUCAGAUACAAAGUAAACAAUUUUCAAUCGUGUCUCAUUCCACUGUCUCACAAACCAAGAAAUGUAAGUAUCGUCAUCAUGUCUCUCAUUUGUGCCUGUACCCGGCUCUCUGGAAUCGCCGCCCCACCACAUGAGCAGCCGCCGAUCUCAAGGACCCUCCACAUCCGCAUUCGUACAUCGUCUUUUUAUGAUUGGACACUAGAAAUUAAGCUUCCCCAUACUCAGCCGAAAGAAGUAAAGAUUCCUCUCUAGCUCGCCAAGAGCAUUUGAGAUGAUAGACCGGAACAUGACAUCUCCGACGGAUGAGAUGAGAUGGAUUCCUGGAGCGAGUGAAAAAUUUGUUUGUUGUGCAGCCAGAAAAGGGAGAAUAUGUGUACAGGUAUGCCG